AUACUUUUUCUAUGGUUUUAACUAACAUACAUGUUUUGAGGUUAUACGUGUCUAAUUAUCAUUAAAAUGAUAGUUAUAAAUACAUUUACAAUUAAAUUGAUAUAAUUAAGAACUUGGAAAUACAGGAAAGAUUAUUAACAAAGAAAUGGAUACCCAAAAUUUUGAAGAAGAAAUUGAUAUCCACAAUUAUUUUCUAUCGAAUAUCAAUAUAAAACAAGAAUUAAUUGACGAAGAAUCUGCAGGAAAAAUUCAAAAUGCAAAUGAACAAAUAAAUGGAAUUCAUUCAAUCAAACAAGAAAUCAACGAUGACUUGAAUACAACUAAAAUAUUAGAUAAUAAUGUGGAUGUAUCUAAUAAAACAAAAAGGAACGUUUACAGUACUCACAUCAUACUAAACAAACCCGCGUAUUCAAAAAUUGCCCAUAGAAAGAGAAUUAAAUCAAAAGUUUCAGGACUGUUUAGAAAUUGGAAGUAUAUUCAACCAAAUGCUAUGGGAUUAAUGAUAUGUGCAUAUUGUGGGAAGUUAUACACAAAACAAAUAGAAUUAUUAUGCCACUUAACAAUGAAUCAUUGUAUGAAACUAAACAAUUUUUAUAAGAUGAAAAUUCAUCAUAAGAGUAAAAGGGAUACAUUUAUUAAGAGAAAUCUUGAUAUAAAACAUGAAAUAGAAGUAGUUGAUCAUGAAUUAAAAGUGGAGCUGCCAGACACUACAAACCAGUUGGAUGUUACCAAUAAUUUAAAUUCAAGUGUACAAAAGGGUUUGAAAUCAAUUCAAAUAAAAUCAAAUAUGCAUUCACAUACUAACACAAGGACUAAACCAUUCAAAGAAAAGCCAUUUCAGUGUGAUAUUUGUCAUAAAAUUUUUUCACAGAUCAAAGGUUUGAAAAUACAUUUGCGUAGUCAUACAGGAGAAAAGCCUUUUAAAUGUGACAUUUGUUUAAAAACUUUUUCAGAUAGCAGUAAUUUGAAGAGACAUUUGCGUAGUCAUACAGGAGAAAAGCCAUUCAAAUGUGAUAUUUGUUUGAAAAAUUUCUCACGUAUAGGAAACUUGAAGUCACAUUUGAGUAGUCAUACAGGAGAAAAACCAUUCAAAUGUGACAUUUGUUUUAAAACUUUUUCACAGUCAAGUGAUUUGAAGAGACAUUUGUGUACUCAUACAGGAGAAAAGCCAUUCAAAUGUGACAUUUGUUUAAAAUCUUUUCCGCAUAAAGGUGACUUGAAGAAACAUUGGCGUAGCCAUACAGGAGAAAAGCCAUUCCAAUGUGACAUUUGUUUGAAAAAUUUUUCACGUAUAGGAAACUUGAAGUCACAUUUGCGUAGUCAUACUGGAGAAAGGCCAUUCAAAUGUGACAUUUGUUUGAAAACUUUUCCACAUAAAAGUAACUUAAAUUUACAUAUGCGUUGUCACACAGGGGAAAAGCCGUUCAAAUGUGACAUUUGUUUGAAAACUUUUCCACAUAAAGGUAACUUGGAGAGACAUUUGCGUACUCAUACAGGAGAAAAGCCAUUCAAAUGUGACAUUUGUUUUAAAACUUUUCCGCUUAAAGGAAACUUGAAGAAGCAUUUGCAUAUUCAUACAGGAGAAAAGUCAUUCAAUGAUGACAUUUAUUUGCAACCAUUUUCUAAUGAAAGUAUUUAGAAGUAAAUAUAUGCAGUCAUAGGAACAUGAAAAAUAUGGAAAAUAAUUAAUUUUUUGACAUGAUAUAAAAAGACUAUUAUUCAUUCUGUUCUAUAGUUAAGUCGUAACAUUACUUUUGUAAACUCUCAAUUUAAAUUUAAUAAUUUUUUUUAAAACGGACUUUAAGGGCCUCGAAAAUUAAUUGGCGCAGUCAGUAGGAUAUUCGGGAGUUUGCGUAUCGAACGUGGACUUUUUGUGAAACUUAUAACCGGAUUAAAAACAUCCAUUAUUGGCCAAAUUUAAAGGAAUCAAUUCAAACUUAUAUUAACAUCUGCGAAAUUUUGGAAAGUUUUCCGAACAUGUGAAUUUAUAGAUUUACCGUUACUUAUUAGUUACUGUGUCAUAAUAAUAUCAGUCAUUCACUUAGGAUUAUGCAAUUUCAUAAUUUUUUUUAUAACUCCUAGUGAAAACUCUAAUCUGUCGCUCAGCUGGCCGUAAGCAUUUGUUAUGACUGCAAUAGAGUAUCACUUCUAUGAGUGAUUUCCUUCAAGUUACAAUUCUAAAUUAUGCCAACCCUCAACUUCUAUAAUCUAUUCACACUAACAUAAGUAUUAUCGUGAGGUCACAAUUUUUUCAAUAGAUCUAAAGUAAUUGAAGAUUUUUUUGUAGUUUGUAUGAGUUUAUAGACCAAACCCGGUGAAAAGCUACCACAAGAGGUAUAAUAUAUCCAAAUUAUGUUUUCCUGUUUUAUUAUAUACAGCAUGUUGGAUGAUCUUGUUGAAAAUACCAAUAAAAUAAUUGAAUUAGCUAGAGACAGUUAUUGUCAUGAUCGCGAUGCCUUGUGCGCCAAUAUUGUGGAACUGAAGCACUAAUUGGACUAAUAAAUAAUAGUAGAAAAUCUGUCAGGACUCAUCUGGGGAACUGCUGGGAAUGUUACCAUUGGUAACUGGUUUACAAGUCUAGACCUGAUUAAUGAUACAAAAACCAACUUACCAUAUUAGAACAAUCAGGAAAAAUAAGAGUAAAAUUCAGUAACCCAGUAAAAAUUGCUCAUUGGUUUCACACAUUCCAAAGCAAAAAAAAUUUUUGGAUAAAGCAACAGAUUAAUCAGAAAUAACUAUGAUGUAUAACGCAAUAAAAGGUGGAGUGGACAUAGUAGACAAACUUCAUUCUGUUAAUAUAACUGUGCCAGAAAUACACAAAGAUGGCCAAUGGUAAUAUUUUCUACUCGAUGCUAAAUGUAACAGUUAUAAACUCUUAUGCUAUUUCCAAUUCAAAUAAGUUCCAAAAUGAAAUCCCCAGAAGAGAAUUUAUGGAAAACGUAGCUUCUUCACUAGUCUCCCAACAAACGAGAACUCGCAUAACGAUCAGCAACAUUUCAAAUACUAUAAAAGUUCGUAUCAGGAAAUUUCGAAAAUUCAAUUUUUUGAUCUUGCAGAACCGAACCUGAAAGUGCAUGACAGAAAUAUUUUUUUGUUCAUUUCUUUUAAAAUAGUUUGUUAAACCACAUUACCGUAAAAUCGAAAUAAAAAAAAGACUCUUUGCAUGACGUACAGGUGACUUAUUGAAUUGAACGGAUAUUACGAUAUCCCGAGAAAAUUGUGGAAUUUUGGGAAUCUUUUGUCCUUGUUACGGUUUCAAUUUUAUUUUCAUAUUUUGUCUUAGGACUUAGUGGAUUUUUAUUUCAAAGAGUUACAUUCGACGCGUCGCCAAAAUUUUUCUUUUUUACAGCUGAACUAGUAAAGUUACUAAAGCAAACAUUUCAAUAAAAGGAAAUUUUUUUAAAACUCUCAUCAAAUUAAAUAAAUUCAAAUUAACAUUUUCUGUUCUUUACUUUCUGAGUAAUUUUGACUUGUUCAAUCAUUUUUUCUACCAGGUACUUCAAGCAUGAUGUAAAAACUACAAGGUGCGCUAUUGCGCUCCAGCUGGGAAGCAGCCAAUGAGAACUCGCUCCCAAAACGACGCGCCAAUUUAGGAGCGAAUUGGCUCUUGAGAGAUGCGUAGAACGAGUCGAAAAUGAGCCCUCGGGAAGAGCACACCUUGUAGACUUUACAUCAUGUACUUCAAGUACAGUGUGCUGUUGCAAUGUAUUUGGCUUCGGUGCUUGAUAAUGCGACUAUUGACUGUUUUUUAGAACGCCAAAAUAGGAAAGCUCCACAAUAAUAUAUUACAUAGCCACUAGUGUUGUUCAUAGUGGUGGGCGGCCAGGGAGCCGUUGAGCACGUAGGCCCAUCGUGCCUGCUAGUGCUCUUAUGAUCUGUGUCAUCACCAGCAAAAUCUGAGUCUCAAUAGGCAAUUGUAAACGAUUGAGCGGACUGUUUGUAUGGAAUGAAGUAACAUUUUGUUUGUUUAUUAGGUCAAAAUAAGUUAAAAAAUUGAAUUGAAUUUCACCAAAA